AAAGCCCCAAUCACACAAGGUAAUCUGAUCAGUAAGGAUUGAAGAGUCCUUCAAGUCGAACAUGUCUUUGAAAGUUGCACUAACAACACUUUUUCUGAUCGGAUCCGUUUGGGCGGAUUUUGACGUGAUCUGUCCCGCGGACAACGAAGGGUACUCUUUCUACAUGCCGGAUCCCUACGAUUGCUCCAAAUUCUUCCAAUGCGUGGGACUGACCCCUAUUCAUCUCCAGUGUCCCUACCCCUUGUUCUUCGACCCGACCGAGAAUGUCUGCAAUUGGCCUGAGGAGGUGGAUUGCACCCCUCUGGACCCCCCCACCGAAUACCCCACCGAAUAUCCCACUGAUGGGACCACUGAAGCUGAUGGGACCACCGAGGAUGAUUGGACCACUGAGGAUGAUGGGACUACUGAGGGUGAUUGGACCACUCAAGAUACCAUGACCACGGAAGACAAUGGGAACACCGGCAACACAACAGCAUUGCCAGAUGGCACAUCGACGAUCCCUCCCGAAGAAUCUGACGGGGCCGCUCCUGACAAUGUUGGAAACUUCUGGGGUUUUUAAGCCGCGUGAAUAGAAGACCCACUUUCCAAAUGCAUAGGAGUCUUUUAUCAUUCAUCAUAUCAAUUAGUUUGGUGCCUCAUAAAGCAGGAGGAAAACUCAUGACCAUCUUACUUGUGCCACAUCACGCGGUGGCGAAGCAAUGCGGCGGGAAUUAGGAGCCAGGAGUCUUUCAUGAAGCCGUCCGCCCGGCAAAACUCUGGCCUCCCUUUUCCUCCAGCGUGACUAAAUUUUGCUUGACACCAAAAAGUCGACGCUGUUGCUAUUUAUUUAACGAAUUCGUCUUUUCAUAAACGCAUUCUUGAUUUAUGAGUA